UUCGAUCGAAGCAGCAGCAGCAUGCUCCGCCAACAGGUCGGUCGCCGGUCGAGCCAUUGGCGCGUCGUCCAGCUGCAGAAGGCAGCGAUGAGUACCGUGCAGAUUGGUGGCAUCUCGGUGCCCAAGGCCACGCCCAGCGAGCCGCACUUGGUGCCCCGAGGCUUUGUGCCCACCACGUUGUCGCAGGAGUCGCUACAGCAUCUUCGGUGGAUGCUGCAGAAAGACGUGCUCCAGCAAGAUAUGUUCCUUAUCGGCCCGCCCGGGCCGGCGCGCCGCCACCUCGCCUUGCAGUUUGCAGAGCUCUUGCAGCGCGAAGUCGAGUACGUAGCCAUUUCGCAGGACACGACCGAGUCCGACCUCAAGCAGACCAAGCGCCUGUCCGCGCUGCCAUGCACGGCCGCCUUCUGA